AUGGACGCACAUGAAAGAGUAAGAGAGAAGCACCUUCAUCGGGGACACACAAUUACCUCUUUUCAACUCACAGUCAAGACGAACAACGUGUGUGAAUCACGUAACGUGCAGAGCUCCCUUAAAACUGCUCAGGGAAGUAAACGUGCAUCUCCAACACCCAAGAAACUCUAUUUCCGAAUUGAAAACAACGUAUUCUAUGAUCCAGAAAGUAACAAACGUUCAAGACGCCGUCUUUUCCGAAAUGACUCCUCACCUAAGAUGUCAUCGAGUCCGACUGAAAAGCGAGACUCUUGGCUCAAGGUCCUUUUCAGCAUGCGCAAUUCAUCCAGUCUUAAUUCUAUGGUUGAGAUGGCUGCUUCGGACCCAAUUCUCACUUCAAGACAGCUUUCUGAUGAUGGAACUGCAAGACUUGCAUGCUGGACUUCUACUGAGAAUACGCAUCCGCCACCUAUUGGUCAACCUAAGAGGUACAUUCGAAAGGCAACGAUUUCGCAGUCGUCAAAGAAGGCUCCAAACAUCACCAAAACCGCGCUUUGA